CUUGGGAAGGGGCUUUUGACCGAGGCGAAUGACUCAACCACUAGCUAUUCUUAAUAGCCGGUAACUACGAGUCAGUGCUUCUCUAUACGACGCGCCUUCAAAGUGAAUACGGUGCGCACAGCGAUAUCUUCCUUGCCAAGAGGUCCUGCCCUGCCAUCUUCUUGUCAUCCAUUCAUCCCAGUGACGAUCGAGAUGACUUCGACGGCAGCGGCGAGCACCAAGGCCAUGCAGCCGCCAUGGCACCAGCCGAGAAGCAGCGGGCCAGAGCCAGUGCUGCACGUUUACAAUUCGCUGACCAGGAGCAAGGUGCCGUUUGUGUCCAUGCGGCCCAAGCAAGUGACGUGGUACAAUUGUGGACCUACCGUAUACGACGCGAGUCAUAUGGGGCAUGCCAGAAACUACGUGACGCAGGACAUCAUCAAGCGCAUUUUGCGAGACUACUUCGGCUAUGAUAUCCAUUUCGUCAUGAAUAUCACAGACAUCGAUGACAAGAUCAUCCUCCGUGCACGUCAGUUUCACCUGCUCAAGGAAUACCAAUCACAACACCCAACUCUCUCUUCGCCAUUGCUACUAGACAUCCGAGAAGCAUGGCAGAUUUUCUUGGACAAAACGAUUGGCAAGCUGGCUCCGCCACCAGGUCGGUUGGAAAACGAGCAGCUGCAAGAAGGCUCGCUCGCGAUGGCAGAGGCGAAAUUCGAGGAGGUCAGCCGGCUGGCUAAAGAUGAGAAGUGGCUAAGAGAGGCAGCAGAGAAGGAGCCCAAGUUUGGCAUGUGGCUGAAUGCUCUGAACACCUCCCGGCAAGCGCAGCUCGCCGCCGCCAUGUCGGUGGCUGCCAAAUCGGACGAAUCCUCAGCAGAUCUCAUCACCGCCUCUGCAGAUGUGCUUGCCCCAUGGCUCGACGCGUCAUAUGGCUCAGGCGUCACAGAUCCCGGCAUCUUUAGAGAGCUGGCCGCGAAAUGGGAGACUGAGUUCUUCAAGGACAUGGCGCGCUUGAAUGUCGAGCGUCCGACGACUCUGACCCGCGUCAGCGAGUAUCUCCCGGAGGUUGUAGACUUUGUUGAGAAGAUCAUCAAGCGGGGCUACGCCUACGCAGACGGGGGCGUUGGCGGAGAGGAGAGCAAGCGCAACGUCUGGUUCGACACGAAAGCUUUUGAUGGUGCAAAGGAACCUGGAGAUGCAGAUGGGAGCGCGGCCAGCGGGCUAAUGGAUGGCGAGCGCUCUGGCUUCGCUCAUUCGUAUGCCAAGCUGGCGCCCUGGAGCAAGGGAAACAGAGAGCUGCUCGAAGAGGGCGAAGGCUCACUAUCGACAAGUGCAGCCACGACACAAGGCAAGCGAUCACCGGCUGACUUUGCGCUAUGGAAAGCUAGCAAACCGGGGGAACCUGCAUGGCCGUCACCAUGGGGGCCGGGGCGACCGGGAUGGCACAUUGAGUGCUCCGUCAUGGCGUCCGCCGUGCUGGGCCCGCGGAUCGACAUUCACAGCGGCGGCGUCGACCUGAUGUUUCCACACCACGAUAAUGAGAUUGCGCAAAGCGAGGCACACCAUGGCUGCCGACAGUGGAUCAACUACUUCUUGCACACGGGUCAUCUGCACAUCGAAGGCUUGAAGAUGUCUAAAUCGCUCAAGAACUUCAUCUCGAUCGACGACGCACUGCGGAGAUACUCUGCGCGCCAGCUUCGUCUCGCCUUUCUCUUCCAGGCCUGGAACAGCAAGAUGGACUUUAGGGAGAGCGCCAUGGCAGAGGUGCGGAAUGCGGAGAGCACGUUCAACAACUUCUUCUCGAUGAUCAAGGCACACCUACAAGCUGCCGCCUCACGCGGGCUCGCAUACUCGGAUGGCAAGAACUAUUACCAUGAGCCGGAGACGAAGCUGAUGGCAACGUUCAUUGACGCGCAGGAUGCGUUCCGCAGAGCCAUGUGUGAUAAUUUUGACACGCCGGCGGGCGUGCAGGUGUUGCUCGACCUCGUCAGCAAGGUCAAUGUCUACGAGCGGAGUACGAAGCGCAGCGAUCUGGAAUUCAGCGUGCUGGAGGCACCAGCGAGAUGGGUUGGAGAAAUGCUCAGGAUGCUCGGGCUCGGUGCGGGUCCAAAACAUGAACGCGAUAUCAGCUGGGGCUCUGACGCGGCUGGUGCCGAGGCGAGUUUUGGUUCACAAGACCGCGAGACGAUCCUCGCACCAUACCUCCAGAUCCUUGCCGGUUUCCGAGACGAAAUGCGCAAGCUUUCGCGCUCAGAAGCGCCGCACGCGGCCUUCCUGGCGCUGGCGGACAAGCUGCGCGACGUCGAUCUUGCGCAGCGAGGCGUCGCACUCGAGGACCAGGAAGACGGGACAUCGCUGGUCAAGUUCGUCCCCGCAGAGCAGCUUCUUGCUGCACGGGCUGAGAAGGAGAAGGCAGCUGCGGACAAAGAACGUAGGAAGCGCGAGAACCAGGAGCGCGAGCGUGUGCGACGCCUCGAGCAGCUAGAGAAGGGGCGCUACGCGCCUGAUGCCAUGUUCCGGGACAGCCCCAUGUAUCAGGGCCAGUUUGGCGCAUUCGACGACGGCGGCAUGCCGAUGAAGGAUGCCAAAGGGGAGGAGCUGAGCAAAGGAAAGAGGAAGGCGCUGGAGAAAGAGCGCAAGGCGCAGGAUAAGCUGCACCAGGCUUUCCUCGAUGCGAGGGACAAGGGCGAGAUCCAGUAGCUGUAGGGCAGACGCCAUGGAAAUAGAUCAUCAUUAGGACACAGCGUCCAUCAUCA